GACGUCAGAGGUUCAAACUUUAAAGUCCUCCGAAGUUAGCCUAAAGCGGGGAGCCACAGCCUGAGUGGAAAAGGCAGAAAGACAGAGAUUCAGGAAAAGUAGUGGACAGCUUUGUCUGGGCCUCUGCUCCAAUUUUGCUUUGUCGGAGGUAAUUCAGAGUGGGAAAACGUCUGCCGGAGAUGUGCUUUUACGCCUGGAAAUGCAAGACGGGGAGUGUGAUGGAACGUCAGUUGAUAAUGACCAAGAGUCGAGUCGGGUCAUGAUGCAACAGAUGCAGAUGCUCUCACACACACGUUCUCCUCCUCUCCCCGUAUCCACCGGCAACUGCACUGAGCAGGCUCCCUCACUGAGUCCGUGGAUCUCGUCACUUGACUAAUUAGCCUGGAAGUGCUGUUGAAGAUCAUCACAUUUAGCUUGCCGACCCAGCAGCAGAGAGCAGACAGAUAUAGACCAGUCUGGCUGCAGGCUGAGUGCCUGGCAGUGGGCAGGCUCUCUAUCUCUCUCUAUUCACACUUAGUGCCGAAAGGCUUAUAAGUGGCGGAGCAGCGGAAGUGAGGGGCGGCUGUGCUUUGAAAGAGACGAAAAGAGGAGAAAGAGGGAGAUCGGAGCUGAGACCACAUCCAGACCACACGAUGCGACUUCGCUGCAGAAGCAAAAUCCCCUUAGACUUCUAGAGGCAGCGGCCACUGUUCAGCAGCACUGCUUCCAACACACAGAGACAGAAGAUGAUUGACAGUCAGCGACCAUCGCAGAGGAGGCCCGUGAUGAACCUUACCGCAGACAGAGGCCAGUUGAAAACCAGCACCUACAUCGUGCCCUGUUUCCUCUUCGUGGAGCUGGUGAUCAUGGCAGGGACCGUUCUGUUGGCGUAUUACUUUGAGUACACGGACACGUUCCCCGUGCACAUCCAGGGCUUCUUCUGUUUCGACAAAGCCUACUCAAAGCCAUACCCAGGACCAGAGGACUACAGCAAGGCGCCGCCGGUCCUGGUCUACUCCCUCGUCACCGCCAUCCCCACUGUGACGAUUCUGAUCGGGGAAGUGACGAGCUUCUUUGUGAAGACGGAGGGAUCUCAGGAGAAGACCAUAGUGACCGCUGACUGCUGUUACUUCAACCCUCUCCUCCGAAGGAUCGUACGCUUUCUAGGUGUCUACUCCUUUGGUCUCUUUGCCACCACCAUCUUUGCCAAUGCCGGUCAAGUGGUGACAGGAAACCAGACGCCUCACUUCCUGUCCGCCUGCAGACCAAACUAUACAGCUCUGGGCUGCCAGUCUCCUCUGCAGUACAUCACAGAGAACCGAGCCUGCACAGGAAACCCUUUCCUGGUGGUCUCCGCUCGCAAAUCCUUCCCGUCCAAAGAUGCAGCGCUCAGCUUUUAUUCAGCCAUCUACACAGUGAUGUACGUGACGUUGAUGUUUCGGACCAAAGGAACCCGUCUGAUGAAGCCCACCCUGUGCCUGGUGCUGCUGUCUCUGGCGGUGCUGGUCGGCGUGGUGAGAGUGACGGAGCACAGGAACCACUGGAACGACGUCCUGGCCGGUUUUGUCACAGGAGGGGCCAUCGCUGCAUUCCUGGUGUCCUGCGUGAUCAACAAUUUCAAACCAACUAAGCUAGCAGUGCCGACUCCGCCUCCCCCGCCACAGCGCCCUGAAGCCCCCAUCAGCCUGCCUCUGAUCAGCCUGCCCCGCGUGGAGAGUCCACUCGAAAAGCUCCAGGGCUACCAUAUUCUGAGAUCACAUGACCAUCAGCCAACCCUGCCCCCCGCCCCACCCGAUGUGCUCCUCCCCUCAAGACGUUGCCUCACCAGCUCAGUCUAGACCUGCCCCGUGAAAUCCCCCUGCCCUGCCCCGCCCACCCUGAAGGACGAAAACCUCUGAGGCGAGUCAAAUCCACGCAGGUGUGAGGCUUCACUAAUCACAGAGGACAAAGCCUGGAGCCAACGGGGAAACAAAGACCUGUCGUCCUCUCCCUGCGAUGCUCUGUUUUGUCCUUCAAGAUGGCCGCCCUUUUCUCUUGGGUGUAAAAGAUCCAUGAAAAGACUCUUUAAGCCCAGAGCUGUUAAAGCAAUACUGUGUCCUGUUUCCUUGCGGUUUUCCACAAAGAUUCAACGGUGACUCUAAAGACUGUUGGCUGGUGAUGACUUGAUAUUUC